GAAAAAAAAAAUUGAAUAGGAAGGAGCAGAAAAUGUUCCAUUUCCUUUAUUACAAAAAACUCGUUCAAAUCAACAUCCAUACACUUCAAAUCCAAUCCCUACAAAACCCAUUUCUAAAAUCCCAUUCCCAAACAAACCCACCUUCUUCUCUCCUUCAAUACCUCCAAAACUCAUUUGGGCUCUCUCCAGAAAGGGCUCUAACAGCUUCCAAACAUCUCAGACACAAGACCCCGAAAAAUCCAGAUGCUGUCCUCACAUUCUUCAAAUCUCAUGGAUUCUCCAAAACCCACAUCAAAUCCAUCAUCAGCACUGCCCCACAACUGCUCGUCUUCACCGUCGAAUCCCGCUUAACACCCAAGAUUCAGUUCUUCAAAGAAAAGGCCCUUUCAGAAGCCGAUAUAGUGAGCCUUAUCAUAAAGGACCCCGCCAUCUUGACUGCCAGUCUCGAAAAGCGUAUAAAACCAUCAUUUGAUUUCCUUUCUAGCGUUGUGGGCACAGACCAAUUAGUAAUCAAAUCACUCAAGCGAUCGAAGUUCCGAUUCAGUCUGGAGAAAUCAGUAGUUCCCAAUGUGGCCAUUUUGAAGAAUUGCGGCGUCCCGGAUCAUCUGAUUUCGAAAUUGCUUAUGGGCCAACCAUUGGCUUUGAUUGUAAAGUCCGAUCGGUUUAAUGAGAUUGUGAAGAUGGUUCAGGAAAUGGGGUUCGAUCCAUCUACUUAUUUGUUCCUGGAAGCAGUCCGUGUGAUGGCGGCUCUGAGCCGUCCAAUGUGGGAUACGAAAUUUGAGGUCUAUAGGAGCUUGGGGUGGUCGGAUGAGGAGAUAUUGUUAGCCUUCCGUAAGCGCCCGGGCUGCAUUGCGAUAUCAGAGGAGAAGAUUAGGAGGUGUGUGAAUUUCUUUGUCACGGAGUUGGGUUGGAAUCCUUCAAACUUUUUGGCCUACCCGAGCAUUCUCUCUUUUAACCUGGAGAAGAGGAUUAUGCCCAGGCAUAGGUUUUGGCAGUUUUUGAUGUCGAAGGGCCUGAUUAAGAAGCAUAACAGGCUAGCGAAAAGCUUGAUGGUAAGCGAGAAGCGGUUCUUGGAGACUUAUGUGAUGAAGUACCAAGCGAAGGUUCCAGAGUUAUUGAAGAUUUAUGAGGGCAUGAUCGGUUCAAAGCUAUUGGAUAUCAAGGAUGGUGAAGAGUGUGAGAUCAUUGCACAAGCUCGAGGUGGGAUCUUGUUCUUUCCAAAACAUCGACAGUAUUAUAUGAAAGCUCUCCCACUUGAUGCUGAAGAAUAAUACGAAGAUGAACAAAGACAUUCUCUUAUAUGAGAAAUUUCUAAGGGUCCGGGAUUAUCCAUCAAAGGCCUGUGGACAGCAGCAUUGAGGCAAUAUUGAAUGUGGAUGGUAGGAUUGGGGCGUUGAGCCUUAUGAUGCUUCCAUGGACGGGCUUGACAGGAUGUCCAAUGGCCAUAUCUUGAAUAUGGAUGGUCAGAUCAGCCUUAUCGGUGGUCUGAUAGCAUGAAGUUAUAUUUGAUGAGUCGGAUCUUAGGAUUCUAAUCAACAGUCUGUAUUCAAAAGAGAAGGAAAAACAACAAUAAUCCAUCAAAUGGCAUUUUGUGGGCUGCUUAUCCAACGACCAGGAUGAUAAUAUGAACUAAUCAUUCCUUUCAAUGCAUAGUUGGGUUCAGCUAAA